UUAAUAAUCAAACACGCACACCACAUGUGCCAAAAAUGGAAGCAUGCGAAAACAGACUGAGCAAGUAACAAUUCUGAAUCCGGUGCUUCUGAUGUUGACGUCCACCUAAAGCUAUCCCUAUCUAUAUUCACUCUCUAAACCCUAAUUCUCCUCUCACAAUCUCCUUUCUUUCUAUCAGGCCCGACUAGGUAAAACUUAAUUGGUAAACUAGCGAUUCCCAGUUAAUCGGAGAUUAAUCCCAGUUUUUACAACAAGCAAUGGAAUAUGACUGAGAUUUCAGUAUCUGACUCCAAUACUGUGCUUGCCAUUUCAGGCCAGCUUAUAUGGUCGAAUAUCGAUUAAAUUAUCAUUUUAUAUCAUCAUCUUGAUAAACACAAGGAAUACUUUGAUGGGAGGUUUAUUAAGCAAAAACAGCUGUAAACCAACUGAGACUUUACAUGUUCCUCAUGGUGAGUCUUGCAAGAGACAGAAAACGUUAUCGAGCUUAUGGGAUGAUAAGCCUCUAUUGAUUCCAAACCUUCCUGAUGAAAUUUCACUCGAAAUUCUUGCUAGACUUCCGAGAAUCUGCUAUUUAAAUGUGAAAGGUGUAUCGCGAAGCUGGAAAGCUGCGGUAACAAGUUCUGAAAUUUACAAGGUUAGGAGAGAAUUGGGCACCACAGAAGAAUGGCUCUACAUUUUGACCAAAAAUCAUGGCGAUAAACUAUUUUGGCAUGCAUUGGACCCCGUUUCUAAAAGAUGGCAAAGAUUGCCACCUGUUCCUAAUGUGCAUUUAGAAGACGAUUAUAAAAGUGGGUUAUCUGGUUCUCGUAUGUGGAAUAUGGUAGGCUCAAGUAUCAGAAUUGCAGAUGCUGUGAGGGGAUGGCUUGGACGAAAGGACGGUUCAGAUCAAAUCCGGUUUUGUGGGUGUGCUAUUGGAGCCGUGGAUGGCUAUCUCUACAUGUUAGGAGGGUUCAACAGAGCUUCUGCCAUGAACUGUGUUUGGAAGUAUGAUCCGGUUUCAAAUUCUUGGAGUGAAGCGAAUCCCAUGUCUGUUGGUAGAGCUUAUUGCAAAACUGGAGUGUUAAACAAUAAGUUAUAUGUCGUUGGCGGUGUUAGCAGGGGUCGUGGCGGUUUAACACCGCUACAAUCUGCAGAGGUUUAUGAUCCCCAAACUGGGUUAUGGUCGGAAAUACCAAGUAUGCCGUUCUCAAAAGCACAAGUAUUACCAACUGCGUUUUUAGCAGAUUUGCUUAAACCGAUUGCAACAGGAUUGACGUCUUAUAGAGGGAAACUAUAUGUUCCUCAGAGUUUAUAUUGCUGGCCUUUUUUCGUUGAUGUUGGUGGUGAAGUUUACGAUCCGGAAACAAAUUCAUGGGCGGAUAUGCCUACGGGUAUGGGCGAAGGUUGGCCAGCUAAGCAAGCAGGAACCAAAUUGAGUGUGAUUGUUGAUGGUGAUCUAUACGCGUUGGACCCUUCUAGUUCUUUAGAAAGUGCUAAAAUAAAAGUUUACGAUCAUCAAGAUGAUUCUUGGAAAGUGGUUGAUGGUGACAUACCGAUUUGUGAUUUUGCUGAGUCGGAAUCUCCGUAUUUGCUUGCGGGUUUACUAGGGAAGCUUCAUGUCAUCACUAAAGAUGGUAACCAUAAUAUUGCAGUAAUGCAGGCUGAUAAACAAAAUGAUUUGAUGACAUCAUCAGGAGAAGAAGGAGAAGGAACUUCUGAAUCAGUAACAGCAUCUGACCCAAACAUCUGGAAUGUGAUUGCUGUCAGGAACUCGGGUUCCACCGAGCUUGUGAGCUGUCAAAAUCUUGAUAUAUAAUCGAGUCGCGGAUGAUAAUGCUCGGGUUUUCUGUAUGCUGCUGGCUUUGCAGGUAUGUUUUACUAUGUGAAAAAUGUUGUACAUAAUAAGAAACAUUGUUGUACUAGUUUACUGUUAUUAUUUUGAGACCUUUAUAAACUUUUAAUUUUCUUAUAUAUAAUCUUCAUAUUUACUGAAAGAAAUUUAUUGUUCACAGUGAUCUGAUUUUAUAAAUA